AUGGAGACUGACAAUGAUACUUCAGUGACAGAAUUCAUUAUUUUGGGAUUGACAGAUAACCCUACACAGCGUGUCAUUCUCUUUGUGAUUUUCCUAGCUGUGUAUGUAGUGACUGUGGUGGGAAAUAUCAGUAUCAUAUUCUUAAUCCGAAGCAGCCCACAGCUUCACAUCCCCAUGUACCUCUUCCUCAGCCACCUGGCCUUUGUGGACAUCGGGUACUCCACAUCUGUCACGCCAGUCAUGCUCAUCAGUUUCUUAAAAGAAAAAACUACGAUCCCUCUCACUGGCUGCGUAGUCCAGCUGGCCUCCGAUGUCGCGUUUGGGACUUCAGAGUGCUUUCUGCUGGCCACCAUGGCCUAUGAUCGCUACGUGGCCAUCUGCUCGCCCCUGCUCUACUCCACCCAGAUGUCGCCCACAGUCUGUUUCCUCCUCCUGGGGGCUUCCUACCUGGGGGGAUGCCUGAAUGCAUCAUCCUUCACAGGCUGUUUCGUGAACCUGUCCUUCUGUGGCCCAAAUAAAAUCAACCAUUUUUUCUGCGACCUCUUCCCACUCCUGAAGCUUUCUUGUGGCCACCUUUAUCUUGCGGAAAUCUCCCCUUCCAUCUCUUCUGCUUCGGUCCUGGUGAGCACGUUGUUGACCAUCAUGGUGUCUUACGUCUACAUCCUGCAUUCGAUCGUGAAGAUGCGCUCUACCGAGGGAAGGAACAAGGCCUUCUCCACCUGCACCUCCCACCUCACUGCGGUCACUCUGUUCUAUGGAACUGUUCUGUUUGUCUAUGUGAUGCCCAAGUCGAGCUAUUCUGCUGAUCAAGUUAAGGUGGCAUCUGUGAUCUAUACCGUGGUCAUCCCCAUGUUAAACCCUCUCAUCUACAGUCUGAGGAACAAAGAGGUGAAAGAAGCCGUGAAGAAAUUAAUAGCAAAAACUCAUUGUUUCUCCUGA